AUGGAAGCAAUGCAGUUACACAGCUCAAAAUAUCUCUCCAUCUCCAUCUUCCUUCUGUUCCUUUCCAUCCAUGGCGUCGCCGCUACAACCAUCAUGAUGGUAAACAAAUGCAACCACCCCGUCUGGCCGGGAAUCCAGCCGGGCGCCGGCCAUCCCGUCCUCGCUCGCGGCGGCUUCAAACUCCCUCCCAGAAAAUCCUACACGCUCUUCCUCCCUCCCGCCUGGUCAGGCCGUCUCUGGGGACGCGUCGGCUGCGCCUUCGACAAUUCCGGCCGCGGAAAAUGCGCCACCGGCGACUGCGGCGGCUCACUCUACUGCAACGGCAUGGGCGGUACACCACCAGCCACCCUAGCCGAAAUCACACUCACGGCCGAACAGGAUUUCUACGACGUCAGUUUAGUCGACGGCUACAACCUCCCGAUCGCAAUCACUCCGUUUAAAGGCACCGGAAAAUGCAGCUACGCCGGUUGCGUUAGCGAUCUGAAUGUUAUGUGUCCGGUGGGAUUACAAGUGAGAUCUCAUGAUCGGCGGCGCGUGGUGGCGUGUAAGAGCGCGUGUUCGGCGUUUAACUCGCCGAGAUUCUGCUGUACCGGUAGUUACGGUAAUCCGCAAACGUGUAAGCCGACGGCGUAUUCACGGAUAUUCAAAGUGGCUUGUCCUAGGGCUUAUUCGUAUGCUUAUGAUGAUCCGACGAGCAUUGCUACCUGCACCGGCGCUAGUUACUUGCUUACUUUCUGUCCUCACCAUUAAAAUGAGGUCUGAAAUCAUGUCAUCCGCCAUGGAUGUUGGAUUCGAGCUCUUUUUGGAGGUUUGUUGUUGUUGUUUUUGAUUACGGUAUUUGGGGGUGGAAUCGAUUAACCAGAUUUCUAUAUGUUUAAGUUUACUUUAGUUUCUAGUAAUAUUCUAUGAGGCCAGCUUUUUGGGGCUUGUCUGUUC